AUGGACGCAUCUGCGUCUGUUCUCCACCCGCCUCCGCCGUCUGCAGCUGCACCCGCAAAUGCAAAGAUGGGGAGCCUCCUACACGUGAUGAAAAAUGCUCUGCCCAUGAACUUGGCUCCCGACGACUUGACUUUCGCGACUCCCAUGAGCGCAACUGAAAUCCUCACGUCUUCACUGUACCCCCGGAGUCCAGGUCUCGCCAUCGGUGGAGGAGCUGUCGAUUACACGGCAGCGAUGACUUCACCGACUUCCCCCAGCUCCAUGGUCGCGACGGCUCCAACAGCUAUUAUGACCUCGGACAACGACAACCCGCAAUGGGCGCAAUCCCCCCCGCUGCCGCUGGCACAAUCGAGUACGAACGACCAUGUUAAAAAGGGGGACAGCACAGCCCACGAGGGCGAGACGACACACCACAAGACGGUGGCUGGCCCAGGCAUCGAGGACGCUGAGAAGGAAGCUGGGAGUGGAGGUGGAAGCAAAGAUCAGGGUGAAUCCAAAGAUGCAGGCGGGGCUAUUCCCGGACAAGAAGAUCAUGUUGAUCAGGCCGAGCCAGCGCAGGAACAGAAUGGCGAACACGAUGUUACCGCGAACCAGCAAGAGCAGCCCGCCUCCGAUUUCAAUACAGUUGUCGACGCGGCACUUCGUCAGAACUUCGAGAAUCGGUCGCAAGUCGAGGCUGCGAUACCAGACUUCGUUGGUCAGAGUGGAUCAGAGGACUUCAAUAACUACCUUGCUGGUAUGGCGAUGAAUCCAUUUUACAAUUCCGCGCAACAAUUGCUGGCGCUGCAACAGAUGGGCCACAUGGCUAUGGAAUCCAAUUCGUCAAACAUGUACCUUGACCCUUCGCCGCACAUCCAUGAAGUAGAGGAGAAAAGCCAGAGCACACGCAUAUCGGCAUACGCAAAGCUAGAGUUUGCAGAUGGAGAAUUUUAUAUGAACACAUAUUCCAUCAUCCUCGGGCGUGAUGUGAGAGCUGCAAAGGAUGCAAUGCGCCGGGAACGAGAAGAACAGCGAAGAAGAUUAGCUGGGGAAGCACAAGCCCGGGAACCUCAUGCACCUAGGACCCCUCGAAUAAAACAGGAAGGCAGUCGAUACACGAAGUCUAUUGUGAGUGAAAGCGGCGGUAUUCUUCGCGACGGCAAUGAUUCCGAUGACGACAGUGGGCAUGAGGGACGCAAGAGUCGCAAGGGGGGCAAAUCGAGAAAAAGAUCCAAGUCCACCGGUUCCUCUCGAGUUGCAUCGCGCAGAAAUUCUAUGGCUCUUCCUAGUGUGAUCAAUACGUAUGAAGCUCAACAGGAUCAGCAAGCUCAGCAAGCGCCAGCCAGACGUGCUGUAACGGACAAUGCAAAACCCGUUGAUCCCGAAUCACUCCGCCCUUCUCCACAUGACUGUCCACUGGUGGCCAUUCAUCCUGCAUCCAAGAAAGGCGAGAUUGUACCUUUCAGCGCCUACAAAUCUAUAUCUCGACACCAUGUCAAGAUUGCCUUUAAUUCCAAAAAACACUAUUUUGAAGCGACUAUACUUGGGCGUAAUGGAGCAUUUAUAGACGAUAAGUUUUGUCACUAUAAGGCUGUGAAGGCUCUCAAAAGUGGAGCCACUUUGCAAAUUGGAGGUGUCGUUGUGGCCUUCAUCCUACCAGAUAUACCAGUUGGCCAAACUGGAGGGGAACAGCGGCCUGAGUACGAUGACAACCCAGUUACUGAUCGAUAUUCCGAAGGUGGCAAAGAAAUGAGUUUUGACUUUGAUGACGAUGGGCCUCGAGCUGGAGCUGAAAACGGUUCGAGCGAAGAGCUAUCUGGCGAGGUAGUGAGUGAUGAAGGUGAUGGGCCAGAAAGCCAGGAGAACACGCUCAAUCAUGCGCAGGAAGUAGAGGAUAAUGAAGAGGAAGAUCGAAGCGAUCAAUCUGGAAUCAUGGGGGAUGAUAGAGCGGGCACUGCUGGCCAGAAUCAACCGACCCAACAUGACCCAACUGCCCAGCCCAUGAAGAAACGGGGUCCUGGUAGGCCACCGAAGAAUGGUAUCAUGUCCAAGCGCGAACAGCAAUUGGCCAAGAAAGAAGCGCAGGCAAGAGAAAGAGAAUUGAAAGAGGGCGAGGCAGCAGCGAAACCACCUCUUCCCCCACCUGCAGUUCCGGGCAAAAAUAAAGUUGGACGACCACGAAAGCAUCCCAGACCAGACACACCUCCAGAACCACGCGAGAAGAGAAAGUAUACUAAGAGAAAACCUAAAGAACCCAAAGAAGGGGAUGCUAAACCAGAUGGCUCAGGCGGAGAUGAUCAACCCGCCAAGGAGAAAAAAGAGAAGAAACCCCCAAAGCCUGUUCGUUCCCCUUCACCGGUCUUGCGAGAAGAGGAUUUCACGCCAGAGCAGCUCCUCAAACCUACCGCAAAUUAUGUCACUCUCAUUCACGAAGCGCUUUCUAAUUCAGAAACUGGUCAAAUGUCACUACCUCAAAUAUAUCGUGCCAUCGGGCGUAAAUAUCCAUACUUCAUUUUGAAGGUCAGUACAACUGGUUGGCAGAGUAGUGUGCGACACAAUUUGUCCCAGCACCCUGCCUUUGAGAAAACUGAACGAGAUGGCAAAGGUUGGAUGUGGGCUAUCGUCGAAGGCGCGUCUAUUGAGAAAGAGAAGAAGAAGCGAGCCUCACCACCUCCACAAAAUCCGGGCAUUCUACCCCAACAACCGCCAUUCUAUCAGCCUCAUAUCAUACCAUAUGGUAUGAUGGCUCCGCCUCCCGGCUUUGCACCACAUCAGAUGCCACCCAAUUACCAGGGCCAUCCAGGUCCACAUCCUCAACACCCGGGGUAUAUGGGACCUCCUCAUGGACACCCGAUGAAUGGACACCCUGUUCCCGCCGGCAUGCAUCCACAGAUGAACCCGCUCAAUUCUCAGCCUCCUCCGUUCAUACAAGCACCAUUGUUGCCACCGAAUGGAAGCGAGUAUAAUUCACCCUAUGCAAAUAAGGCGCCAGCAACUACUGCUCAACCACCAAGUCAUAAUCAGACUUCCCAUACAAAUCCACAGUCCAAUCCACAAUUGAACCCACCACCUAACCCACCAUCGAAUCCACAACCAGUUCAACAGCCGACUCAGCAACCCGAUCCACAAACUAGCGCACAGACAACCCACCAGUUGAAUCGCCAACCACCAAAUCAACAAGUGGAUCAGCAGCGACAUCCUAUUACCCACCAAGCUCCUGCUCAUACACAGCUUCAUACCACUCCUCUGGUACCUACGACCACAUUUCAGCAUUCUGUGCCCACGAGCACUCCAGCCCGUCAGCACUCACCAACCCCGGAAGACUUUAGAAAUGCUGUUGAGGGUUCUCCUCAACUCAAGGCAGCUGUUGAGAGGUUCAAAACAUCGCUUCUAGGUUCGCUUAGGGAUACGUCCCCUAAGGACACUCCAAUCGGUGCUUCAGAAGCCAUCGUGAACUCGGCGGUCAACAGAGUGCUAGGCUACUCAGAUAAGACAUCUAAUCCAGGGGAAGGAAGGGAGGAUUUGAUCAUGAAAGCUUUCAAACGUAUGUUGGUCGAUAAUUUACCAAAGGUGACCGACGCAACAAAGGUCACAGGGCCCAGCCGUGACCAAAACAAUCGGUAUGCGUCGCCUCAGCCUCUGGCGAAUCAGAGAGGAACACAAUCCAAUACAACCCAGCAUCCUCCCAAAACGACUGGUCGUCCAGCUAUCAUGCGACCGUCUUUCAGUAAUGGUAUCAACCGCCCAGGACCCCCAAUUCCUAGGCCACCUAUGAGACCUGUUGGAACGAUGAGAACAAGUUCGGGCAGUCCCGCAGCAAGUGCAAUUUCUGCAGUUGGAAGAACAGGGCCAUCAUCUGCUUCACCCGCACCAUCUACACCACAGAUUUCAACAACAAAUGGAGCCAACACACAACCACCGGAACAAAUGCACCACUCUGUACAGAGGCCCCUUCCUGUGCAUGAAACAACUGCAUCCCUUCCAGAUGGUCCCCAGACAAAUGAAGCACAAGCUGGACAGAUUAUCGGGCAGAAGAGGAAGCAACCAGAUACAGUGAACAUGGACGAUAUGCCAGAACUUAAGAAGCUUUCGACAUCAGGGCCGCCAAGUAUUAGCCCGCCAACCGUUAGCCCGAUCUCUACAACUGAAGUACAAGUUUCACAGGUUCCUGAAAUACAGCUAGAGCAACCUGCGAAGACUGAGAACACUGAUGACGUAUUCAAAAAGCUUUCAACCUCAGGUCCGCCUCAAUUAGCAACAUGA